UCUCUCUCCUUUGUUUCAACGGGCGAGGAUUUUUCGAAACCCAGAAAAACUCGAAAAUUUCAUGUUUCAGAGAAAAGGGUAUUGGAAUCGAUUCGAUGAGCUUCACUUUGAUUCCCUCUACUUCUUCACCACCAGAGAAGGGGAGAAGUGAAGUUCCAAUUGAGGAGUGCUGCCUUGUGAACAAGCAAUCCACGCCUGCGUCGAGCUCCGAUUUCGAAGGCAGUGAGAGUCCUUUCCUCAAGUCCCCCGGGAUUGGGGCCAGCCCGGCAGAGGCUUCUCCAGUUAACAAGAGGAUCACUGGUCCUAUUAGGCGAGCCAAGGGUGGUUGGACUCCACAGGAGGACGAAACAUUGAGGAAUGCAGUUGCAAAGUAUAAGGGGAAGAAUUGGAAGAGAAUAGCUCAAUAUUUUUCUGAUAGAUCAGAAGUGCAAUGUCUCCAUCGGUGGCAGAAGGUUCUAAAUCCAGAACUUAUUAAAGGACCAUGGACUCAAGAGGAGGAUGAUACAAUUGUUGAACUGGUUGCAAAGUAUGGACCUACAAAAUGGUCAUUAAUAUCAAAGUCUUUGCCUGGUCGUAUAGGAAAACAAUGCCGAGAAAGGUGGCACAAUCAUUUAAAUCCAGAUAUAAAAAGGGAGGCUUGGACUCUGGUUGAGGAAUUAGCCCUUAUGCAUGCCCACCGAAUGCAUGGGAACAAGUGGGCCGAAAUAGCUAAGGCUUUACCUGGAAGGACUGAUAAUGCAAUAAAGAAUCAUUGGAACAGUUCCUUAAAGAAGAAACUAGAUUUCUACUUAGCGACUGGGCAACUUCCACCCCCACCAAAGAAUAGUUACCCGAAUGUGUCUAAAGAGACAAAUAGAUCCACUGCAACUAAAAGAUUGCUUGUUGGCUCAGAUAAAGGAUCAGGUUCAACUGCUCGGACAUUGUCUGGAAAUGCAGACACACGUAAAAUAGAUGAUGUCAGUGUUCAAUUGCAGUCCUCUGAACCUCUUGACAUGGAUGUGUGCGCUUUCUAUUUGGCAACAGGGCAACUUCCGCCAGCACCAAAGAAUAGGUUCCAAAAUGGUGCUAAAGAGAUAAAUAGAUCUACUGCAACUACAAGAUUGCUUGUAGGUUCAGAUAAAGGAUCAGAUUCAACUGCUCACACACUGUCUGGAAAUGCAGAUGUGCGUAAAAUUGAUGAUAAUGGCAAGGAUCAACUGCAGUCUUCUGGCUCCCAGGACAUGUGUGGUUCAUCACAUAUUCUUCCAGAUGAGCAUGCUGAUUCUGAAGUCAUUGAGCGUCGGCAGAGAUUAUCUUGUAUGGAUCCUAGUUGCAGCAACUCAGAGUUACUGCCAAAUUCCUCUAUCUUUGGUGUUACCAGCAAGCCGCAGAUUGAGAAUUUAAGUAGUGACAGUGAACCGAAGUAUGAGAAUUCUGAAUUCAACUGUCAAAAAAUUGAACAUAAAGUUGACAGCGCAACCGUGCCAGUUGAAAUUCCUAGCUACGGUUCAUUGUACUAUGAACCACCCCCUUUGGACAGCUCUAUUCCUUUAGAUUCAGGGCUUUCAGACUUGCAUUGCUUGCAGCAUGAUUCUAGUCCAAACUUAUCACCUAUCAGUUUCUUCACACCUCCUACUGCAAAGAGCAGCGGUUUAUAUAAUCGAAGCCCUGAAUCAUUUUUGAAAAUAGCUGCUAGGACGUUCCCCAACACUCCUUCUAUUUUGCGAAAAAGAAAGUCUGCCCACAGAUAUUUACCUCCUAACAAACUUAGGAUAGUUGAUAGUGAAUCAGUCAAGGAAACACUCAUUGAAAGAAACAAAAAUAGUAUGGAGUUGUCCAGAUCUCGAGAUGUAAGUUUGUUUGACAGUCCAACCAGUCAUGGUAUUAGUACAGCUGAUCCUAAUGGUAAGUCUUUCAAUGCAUCUCCUCCAUACCGGAUAAGAUCCAGGAGGACCGCUGUUUUCAAGUCUGUGGAGAAACAACUUCAGUUUACAUGUGAAGAUGAGUACGCUGGUAGUUCUAAACCUGUGGAGUUAACUGCAAAUGGAAGCUCUGUUGUCCCCAAAGAUAGUUCGCAUGCAUCAAAUAUGGAAGUUACCUAGGGGGCGUACACUGUACAAACGAAGGAGAUGCUAUUUAAGCUGGCACAGUUUUGAAUUGGUGCACAGGGUUUUUGAAACGAUAGGAUACAUCGAAGAGACUCUGAAAUACACAACUUGUUAUUAGUUUACAGUGGGGAGUGCAUCUUGAGCAUACACUAUCUUCAGCUUGGCGAAAUUCAGUGGGGAUUUUGUAAUGUGUAGAAAAAUACUGAUAGGCCGCAGAUGAUAGUAAAGAUAUAUUCUUUUUGGUACAUUAUUCUUUAGUGGAAAUAUAUUUAUUGUACCCAGAUCUGUACAGAAAUCCACCAUGGAGAAGAGCAACGAUGCUUCAUACUUAAUUUCUUUUUUGGUAAUGAAAGCGUAGCUGCUACCCCAUUUGUCAACGUGAAAACUCCGAAAUACGAUGUUCUACCCAUCAUCACUGAACCUUGUAAAUUUUUCACCACAUUGCGGACUGUUCUCAUGCGUAAAUAGGCUUG